GGCGCUUGGCGUGGCGCCCGAGGCUGCGCGGCCCCGGGUCCCUGGAGGCCCAGCUGCAGGCCCAGCGCUGCCCCUUCUCCCCUCCGCCGUACCGGGCGCCCUGGGCAGAGAGCGUCUCCCAGGAGGCGCCGGUACAGCGCGCAGGUCCCCGCGGCGUCCGCAGCAGCAGCAGCAGCAGCGUGGAAGACAGAAACCGCAGCCAUGACCACCCACGUCACUUUGGAAGAUGCCCUGUCCAACGUGGACCUGCUGGAGGAACUGCCCCUCCCAGACCAGCAGCCAUGCAUCGAGCCCCCGCCUUCCUCCAUCAUGUACCAGGCUAACUUUGACACGAACUUCGAGGACAGGAAUGCGUUUGUCACGGGCAUUGCAAGGUACAUUGAGCAGGCAACGGUCCACUCCAGCAUGAAUGAAAUGCUAGAGGAGGGACACGAGUAUGCGGUCAUGCUGUACACCUGGCGCAGCUGCUCCCGGGCCAUCCCACAGGUGAAGUGCAAUGAGCAGCCCAACCGGGUGGAGAUCUACGAGAAGACCGUGGAGGUGCUGGAGCCAGAGGUCACCAAGCUCAUGAAGUUCAUGUACUUCCAGCGCAAGGCCAUCGAGCGCUUCUGUAGCGAGGUGAAGCGGCUGUGCCAUGCGGAGCGCAGGAAGGACUUUGUCUCGGAGGCCUACCUGCUGACCCUGGGCAAGUUUAUCAACAUGUUCGCAGUCUUGGACGAGCUGAAGAACAUGAAGUGUAGCGUCAAGAAUGACCACUCUGCCUACAAGAGAGCGGCACAGUUCCUAAGGAAGAUGGCGGACCCCCAGUCCAUUCAGGAAUCUCAGAACCUGUCUAUGUUCCUGGCCAAUCACAACAGGAUCACCCAGUGUCUUCACCAGCAAUUGGAAGUGAUUCCAGGCUACGAGGAACUGCUGGCAGACAUUGUUAACAUCUGUGUGGAUUACUAUGAGAAUAAGAUGUACCUGACACCCAGCGAGAAGCACAUGCUGCUCAAGGUGAUGGGCUUUGGCCUCUACCUGAUGGAUGGAAAUGUCAGUAACAUUUACAAACUGGAUGCCAAGAAGAGAAUCAACCUUAGCAAAAUCGAUAAGUUCUUUAAGCAGCUGCAGGUGGUGCCCCUUUUCGGCGACAUGCAGAUAGAGCUGGCCAGAUACAUUAAGACCAGUGCUCACUAUGAAGAGAACAAGUCCAAGUGGACAUGCACGCAAAGCAGCAUCAGCCCCCAGUACAACAUCUGCGAGCAGAUGGUUCAGAUCCGGGAUGACCACAUCCGUUUCAUCUCAGAGCUAGCUCGCUACAGUAACAGCGAGGUGGUGACAGGCUCAGGGCUGGACAGCCAGAAGUCAGAUGAAGAGUACCGGGAGCUCUUUGACCUGGCCCUUCGAGGCCUGCAACUUCUAUCCAAGUGGAGUGCCCAUGUCAUGGAGGUGUACUCUUGGAAGUUGGUUCACCCCACAGACAAGUUCUGCAACAAGGAUUGCCCGGGUACAGCGGAAGAAUACGAGAGAGCCACACGCUACAAUUACACCAGCGAAGAGAAGUUUGCCUUUGUGGAGGUGAUCGCCAUGAUCAAGGGCCUGCAGGUGCUCAUGGGGAGGAUGGAGAGUGUCUUCAACCAGGCCAUCCGCAACACUAUCUAUGCGGCCCUGCAGGAUUUCGCCCAGGUGACACUGCGUGAGCCCUUGCGGCAAGCUGUGCGCAAGAAAAAGAAUGUUCUGAUCAGUGUCCUGCAGGCAAUUCGCAAGACCAUCUGUGACUGGGAGGGUGGUCGAGAGCCCCCCAAUGACCCAUGCUUGAGAGGGGAAAAGGACCCCAAAGGCGGCUUUGACAUCAAGGUGCCCCGCCGUGCCGUGGGACCUUCCAGCACACAGGCCUGCCAGUGGUCCCCGAGGGCUUUGUUUCACCCCACUGGUGGUACACAGGGCCGAAGAGGCUGCCGAUCCCUGCUGUACAUGGUCCGUACCAUGCUUGAGUCGCUCAUCGCAGACAAGAGCGGCUCCAAGAAGACCCUCAGGAGCAGCCUGGAUGGGCCCAUCGUCCUCGCCAUAGAGGACUUCCACAAGCAGUCCUUUUUCUUCACACACCUGCUCAACAUCAGCGAAGCCCUGCAGCAGUGCUGUGACCUCUCCCAGCUCUGGUUCCGAGAAUUCUUCCUGGAGUUAACCAUGGGCCGACGCAUCCAGUUCCCUAUUGAGAUGUCCAUGCCCUGGAUUCUCACGGACCAUAUCCUGGAAACCAAAGAACCUUCCAUGAUGGAGUAUGUCCUCUACCCCUUGGAUCUCUACAACGACAGCGCCUACUAUGCCCUCACCAAGUUCAAAAAGCAGUUCCUCUACGAUGAGAUUGAAGCCGAGGUGAACCUGUGUUUUGAUCAGUUUGUCUACAAGCUGGCAGACCAGAUCUUUGCCUACUACAAAGCCAUGGCCGGCAGUGUCCUGCUGGAUAAACGUUUCCGAGCUGAAUGUAAGAACUAUGGGGUGAUCAUUCCGUACCCACCUUCCAACCGCUACGAGACGCUGCUAAAACAGAGACAUGUCCAGCUGUUGGGUCGAUCCAUUGACUUGAACAGACUCAUCACCCAGCGCAUUUCCGCUGCCAUGUACAAAUCGUUGGACCAGGCCAUCAGCCGCUUUGAGAGUGAGGACCUGACUUCGAUUGUGGAGCUAGAGUGGCUGCUGGAGAUUAACCGGCUCACCCACCGACUCCUCUGUAAGCACAUGACGCUAGACAGCUUCGACGCCAUGUUCCGAGAAGCCAAUCAUAACGUAUCAGCCCCCUACGGCCGCAUCACCCUGCAUGUCUUCUGGGAGCUGAACUUUGACUUCCUUCCCAACUACUGCUAUAAUGGAUCCACAAACCGUUUCGUCCGAACUGCCAUCCCUUUCACCCAGGAACCACAACGAGAUAAACCUGCCAACGUGCAGCCCUAUUACCUCUAUGGAUCCAAGCCUCUCAACAUUGCCUACAGCCACAUCUAUAGCUCGUACAGGAACUUCGUUGGCCCCCCUCACUUCAAGACCAUCUGCAGACUGCUGGGCUACCAAGGCAUUGCUGUGGUCAUGGAGGAACUCCUGAAAAUCGUCAAGAGCUUGCUCCAAGGUACCAUCCUGCAGUAUGUGAAGACGCUGAUAGAAGUGAUGCCUAAAAUAUGCCGUCUGCCUCGGCACGAGUACGGCUCCCCAGGGAUCCUGGAGUUCUUCCACCACCAGCUGAAGGACAUCAUCGAAUACGCAGAACUCAAGACCGAUGUGUUCCAGAGCCUAAGGGAGGUGGGCAACGCCAUCCUGUUCUGUCUCCUCAUAGAGCAAGCUCUGUCUCAGGAGGAAGUCUGUGAUCUGCUUCAUGCUGCACCCUUCCAGAACAUCCUGCCCAGAGUCUAUAUCAAAGAGGGAGAGCGCCUGGAAGUCCGGAUGAAGCGCCUGGAAGCCAAGUACGCCCCACUUCACCUGGUCCCCCUGAUAGAACGGCUGGGAACUCCUCAGCAAAUCGCCAUCGCUCGGGAAGGUGACCUGCUGACCAAGGAGCGGCUCUGCUGCGGCCUGUCCAUGUUCGAAGUCAUCCUGACCCGAAUUCGGAGCUACCUGCAGGAUCCCAUCUGGAGGGGCCCGCCACCCACCAAUGGCGUCAUGCAUGUGGACGAAUGUGUCGAAUUCCACCGGCUGUGGAGCGCCAUGCAGUUUGUCUACUGCAUCCCUGUGGGGACCAACGAGUUCACAGCUGAGCAGUGCUUCGGUGACGGCUUGAAUUGGGCAGGCUGCUCCAUCAUCGUCUUGCUGGGUCAGCAGCGGCGCUUUGACCUGUUUGACUUCUGCUACCAUCUGCUGAAGGUGCAGCGGCAGGACGGCAAGGAUGAAAUCAUUAAGAACGUGCCCCUGAAAAAGAUGGCUGACCGCAUCAGGAAGUACCAGAUCUUGAACAAUGAGGUUUUCGCCAUCCUGAACAAGUACAUGAAGUCUGUGGAGACAGACAGCUCCACCGUGGAGCAUGUGCGCUGCUUCCAGCCCCCAAUCCACCAGUCACUGGCCACCACCUGCUAGGCUGAAAGUCCUGCAGACAGACCUUCAACCUGGAGGAGGAGGAGAAACAGGAGAGGGAACACAGAGGUCAGCCUGCAGCAGGUCCAGCUGACAGUGUGUGGAACCGGCCUGGAAGGAAAAGACAACUCCCCCAACACAUCUGGGCUCCUGCAUGUUCUCCCAUGAUAGCUCCAUGGUGGGUUUUCCAUAGUGUAAAUGAAAAACAACAAAAACACAGGGCAGUGCGAGUUUUUCUUCUUCUUCUUAUUUUUUUUUUUUUUUACCUUAACUAUAUCUAAGAGCUACUGUUUCCAUCCCACGGUUCCUAUCCUAUCUGUGAUCGCUUCCCAGGACACUUCCCACCAUCACAGGUCCCUAUCCAGUAUCCAUAUGUGACCAGCACUGUAGUCUUAGGGGCUAAGACAAGAAGAGUCUAACCAUAGCAGAGAUAUCAGCCUGACUCAGUUGUGUGCCUCAGCUUACUGUGUUGUGUGGCUUCCCCCUCCAGUUCCAUGGUCACAUUGCUUCCUACUCUAGAUGUUAGGGAUUCAAUCACCAAGACUUGACCCUUGGUGAAUCACGAAGAGAUUUCUGACUGUCGGGGCAAUAGAUGAUGUUGGCCAGAACCUUUUACACUCUCCCUAAGAGCCACCCUAGCCCCUCCUUGUAGAACAGCCCUAGAGAGGCAAAAAAGGAUGCUUUCAAAACCGUAUCACACCGAGUUGGGACUAGAGGAAGAAAAUGGCCAGGCCUAUGGUGUGGAAAAGUAUCUGUCAGCACAGACCAACUUCAGAUCCCAAAGGAGAGCUGUUAGGCAUUGUCGCCAUGGUGGGAAGAUGAGAUACCCCUGUUCCUCGUGCAGAAGCUUAGCACUGGACCACAUGGGUAAUGAACAUGACGGUCACGGCACGACACUUACCACUAGCUGGUGACCCACUUAGUGACUUCCUAACAGAUCCUCAUCCAGGAAAAUCCCACGAGAAGGAAAAACGUUAGGGGUGACUUCAACAGACACCUUGGAGACAGGGAGGCAAAGGACAGCUUGUCAGUAAGCUUUCAAUCCCGAGACACACCCCACCCCCAAAAGAGGUCCUUCUUUACGCAAACUGGAUUUUUCGUCAUGUCUGCUGCUGAAAGAUUCUUGGAACGUUUUAUUCUUUUGCUCUCAACUUCCUGGUCUCUUCCUUUUGCACACGUUCAGUGGUUCAGUGCUGGAGCGGAGAUUCUCUCACAGGGGUAUUAAUAACUUCUAUUUUUCCAGACUACUUAACCCGCCCCCGUAGAAUCUGCCCAUGUAGGAGAUCUCUAGGGAGAUGGCCAUGGCUCCAUACAGAGCUAGUCUUCUCACCUGCAGAGGGAAGCCACAGUCCUGAGCCCCUAAAAUGUAGGAAGUGGAUUAUAGGUGCUCCACCAGCCCAGGGAGGAAGAGAGAAGUUAGAGGACUAGCCAGCCCCUCCUCCAGGGAGGUGAUUGACACCCAUCACCGUUUUUAAUCACACAGAGAACAGUGGAGGUGUGUAUAACCAACACUUUGACCGAUGCAGCCAUGUACUCCACAGUGAGGUCACAUAAAUCAGAGCCCUUGAGGGUCAUACACUUGAGUGUUCAUUUCUGUGCAUGCCUCAGGCCGUCUAAGUCUGAAUCUCUUGGGAACAAGGCCAGAAGAUCCACAUCUGCAGUUACUCUGCUGCACACCCCAGAUUCAGAGCCCUGGCUGUAGCCAGGACAAUGCCGCUAACUCCAGGCUCUGGGGUCUUUCUAAGCAAGAGCCAGCAUCAUUUGUAGUGUAGGGACGUGGUCUGAAAUGGAAGCUGGUCAGUCCUCCUGCCUGGCACCACCUCUUCCUAGUGUGAUCUUUGUUCUCCUUUAAGGACCAUAGAUAUCUCCACCUCCCAAAUUUCUAGUCCUGCCUGAGAAUAGUACUCGACUCUCAGAUAAACAGGUUUUAUACUCUAGAGUUCACUCCAAGUGCUCCAUCACUGCUCCGUAGAGAUCUGCCCCGUUCCCUUCAGGAGUUUUACCCUUCUGGCUGCUCCUCCUUUCCACCCCACACUCGUGACCCCAAACGUUGACCCUCUGGGAAGAGCCACAAUCUCAAGAGAUUUGAUCCCAGUAAACAGAGGUCCUCACUUGGAGGGCAGAGCGCUCUCUUUCAUUUCCUCCACGCUUGUCUGUGGACACCGCACAACUUCAACGUUUUCUCUCUAGUGGUCCUUGCCUCCCUUCUCCACCUUUUAGACUUUUUUUUUAAUGUAUUUAAAAGUCAAGAAAAAAAAAAGCUUAGAUUUUAAAAUGUUUUAAAAAGAAUUCUGUUUCAGAAACUGUCAAGUGUGUACCAUAUUUGUAUUAAGAGUUGUUGGGGAUUUUUGUACAAUGAAUUUACAUUUAUUUAUGGUGAACUUAUAUUUACGCUCGUGAUCAAAAGAUGUUAAAUUCUUAAAUCAUAUUUGCUAUGCAGCUGAAGAUGAUAUUUUGGUUUGUAUUUUGGGGGUACCUGUGUUUAGUUGAUAAACAUUUUCAUCUCCAUUAAAACCGCUUCCAAACUCGUCAA